AUGCAGACGACUGGCGUCGGCGUCGCGCCGCGCACACCGCCCAGUGACAGAGAAAAAAAGAUGAUGGACGUGCUUAUGCAAGCACCUGAUGAGCGUGUCGCACCGUUGCUGGCGUGCGUCAAGGGGUGGCCUAUGGAGGCCCAGGCAGACUUGGCCAAUUGGCUUCCCGUGCUCUUGAAGCUACACAGACUGCUGUUGUCUGCAAUGGAGAAGUGUCCUGUCUUAUUAUUCAUUCGAACAGAGCUGGAGAAGACAGAGGAGGUGCUGGUAACCAAGCAGACGGAGCGGGAAUUGACGGAACAAGUGGUGGAAAUCGUAAAAUUCUCUGGAUUUUUACUGAAAAAUGCAGCAAAUAAAGCUGUGUACCCAUCUAUUGAACCCGUGAUGGCCUUGCUAGCAGCAAGGAAUGAACGGGUCGUAGCGGAAGCUACAAAGGUGGUAGCUAUGCUGGCUUUACCUCCUCAAGUUCAUCGUUACGCUGCCGACCCCGUAAGUUUUGUAGACCCUGCAGCGGCCAGAAAUAAUCAUUUAAGACGACGGUUGCUAACGAUCGCACAAGGACGGGGAGCGCCGAAAAACAGCUUGGAAAUUGUGGAUUAUCUGAAUGGAACGAACGCUGAGACAGUUCAGGAAGUGGAGUUCCAAUUUUACAGUUCAGACCAAGAGGGGGAAAACUUGACGUCUCGUGUGGUGAGUGUCGUGGUCCCGCCCUAUGAAGAGGUGGUGACAGCGACCACGACUUUGGAAGACGCUGCGUGUGCAGCGGCUACAGCGUGUGAGCAUUUGAUAGUGCAGCACAAGAUCCCAAAGAGGCUGCAUUUUCAACUAUACACACAAGUGCGUGCGUGUUAUGCGUCUCGCAGUACAUUUGCAAGAGAAAAUUUGGUGGUAGAUCGACUGCACGCGCUCCUUGCGCUUUUUUCUCUUUUCAGUGAUGCGUGGGACGUAACGAAUUACGUGGAAAAAUAUCCAGAACUAACAAGGGGAAUUGUGGAGCUCAUUCGCGUCGAAAAUAUUGAGCGCGUGCCUGUGCGUGUGCGUGUCACAGCGUUGCUUGUACUUACCGCUUUGGUGAACGAUCGGGUUGGCCGAGGAGGAGGUAUAGGUGUGCUUGGCCGCCAGUCCAACGUAUUUCAAGCUUUGGGGGUUGUAAAAGGGACCCCACACGGUAUUUUCCCUUCGCUUGUGCGCUAUUGUAUGACCGAGCUGGGUGACGUUACCACGCAAGAUUCUGCGACAGCAACGUCAGUUUUUGCGUCUCCACCCCCGGUAGCAUCGGAAACUGCUGAUGCAGAUAUGGAUAUGAGCCUAGCUGUUGCUUUCGUGCAGGCUACAACAGAUUUAAUAUCCCCUCAGGAAGCUGAGAUAAUUAGGGCACCUUCAAUCCGAAGUACUAGUGGUGGAAGUAUUCAGGAGACACGGCUGUGCUGGAUGGAGGGUGUUUUAGGACUACUGACGGCUGUGGUAGCAAUUCAGUCUGGUGCCGCUGUUUUAACGGAAAAUGGGAUCGUUCCGGCCCUUUUGCAUGUGCUCACAAUGCCCGCGGUGAGCGCUUUUCACGUGGCCGUGAUAACGCAAUGUGUGCAAGCGCUGGAAAAUAUUGUGAGUAGUCACUCGGCAGCAUCUGCGCUUUACCGGAACCUAAACGGAGUUGGAAUACUGGUGGAUCGACUCAAGCUAGAAUGCGCCAGUCUUGUCGGGCUUUCAAAGAGCUCAACAAACUCGUCUGUGGUUUGCUCUGAAACAAAGACCGUGCUAUUACUAGCCAUCUUAGCGUCGUUAUCAAUGUCGUUUCAUGCACAAGGUGUGAUGAGUGCAGGGGCUACGAGCCGCGCUAUUCGUGAGGGAAGCGCUCUUAACAAAGCAUUACUUCAAGUGCUGUCCAAUGUGGACGUAUUUGGACCAGCUGUAUUUGCUCAGGCGGCAAUCGUGGUCUCUGAUGUUAUCAACAACGAUCCGAGCAGUGUGAAUCAUGUCCAUGCUACUGGCUUGGCAGAUGCGUUCUUGCAAACACUUACGCGAUGGAAUGUUGCAGAGUUAUACCCAUCUCGGAUUCUAUUACCGCUGUCAAGUGAACUGCUCACGGCAGUUCCAACAGUGUUGAAUACUUUGUGCUUAACAACUACACAUGCGGAAAAAGUGGCAAAGGCUGAACCACUCAUGCACUUGUUGGACGUUUUCGCACUUCCGCAAUACACCGAAGAAGAAUCCAAAGAUUGGUGCUUCCAUGGUGAUACGGCGGCUGUCGUUGGUACCGGUAUUUUUGAACUAAUGCGACACGUUCCAAGUUUCCAAAAUGCUGCUAUUCAAGCUGCUGUCCAUGCAAUAAAAAAGGUGAUUCGUUUUGGCGAAGAAAGCAAUUUAAUGGCUCCCCUCAAUGUCAAGGCCAACGGUAUUUUAAUUCGAAUGACGACGCAUGUGGCAGAUUUGUUGGAGCCUUUGCUAUCCAAAUCCGAGCACGCUGCUUAUUUUGCGGACCUAAAAGGCAUUCAGCUGCUUUUAAGACUAUAUCAGCUAAUCUUGCCAAGCACUACGUCCUUUUUAAAGAGUGCUCUGCCUAGCGAAAGCACCACUCGAGGCAGGCUUCCCAAAAGCACCCUGUCUCAUGAUCCAGCGGUGCAGUCUAUUACUCUUGUACUUCGUUCGUACGCAUCCCAGCAACCCACUAAUCUUCUCGGGGCUGUUGUAAAAGAACUGAAUUUACAAUUGAACAAUCUUCAACGUGCGCGCACCAAGGUUGGACUACCGUGGGCCCUAGGCGAAUGCGGUGAGGGCGCCGAAACGGUGCUGAGCUCAUUACCAAAUGUCGAUUUGGCAAAACUGACAUAUGUACAUGAUGAGAGUACUGCCACGGAACCCGCUGUUGCCAAGGUGGUGGUUGUAGAUGAAUAUCUACGAGUGUUGUCUGUGCUGGAAUGGCUUGCGUCCGUGCUCACCUGGACGCUGGAAACUGCGCACACUCAUACUCAGAGCCGGAGAUGGUUUGCUGAUUUCACAGCGUCUUCAACACAAGAAGUUAUGACGCGCUUGUUCCGUGUGGACCGUUCUGUUCAGUUUGAAAGGGCAAGUCUUGCGACACUACACCAGAAGAUGCGAAAACAGAAGGACAUCAAGGUACAGAAGACAGAGUUUGAUGAUGGCCAGCGCAGCGGCAUGGAGGCGACUGAAGGGGCUGAAGAGGAUACAUUCCAUUCAUUAGCCGCCGAACGCGGUUGUGGGGAAUCAGGCCUUUGGAAAGUGGGCUCUCUUCUUCUUCUGCGCUUUUCGUUGAGCAUGCGCAGCUUAUUAACGGCUUGUAAUAAGGUUUUUCUAUCGGCUUUGAUGCAGCAGCACCGAGGGGACGAUACCGCGGUACCUCUAGCACCUCAUGCUCGAGCACUCGCACGGAUGGUUGCGCAGGUUUUAGAAAGCCAUCUUUUUUAUGUCGUUUCAGUGUAUCGUGCGACACAGAUUGACACAUUCGUGCAGCAGUACUACCUCACGUUCCUUUUGGAGACGAUCUCAAUUGUGCUUUUCGAGGGAAAGAAAAAGCAAGCUAAUACUUUGUUGCUGGUGGAGCUCAUGAAGCCCAUAAGUGAAGUUUCGGAAGUUUUGACCGAACCUUCCCGAUUACUCAAUGAAGAUGUUGCAAUGGUUUACGAAAACGUCUGUGAAAGAAAAAGCGAUGCUGUCCUGCCUGGCAAAACUAUCGCCACGUGCGCUGGUGCUCAAGUCAUAGCUUCAAACCUGAUGGAUGUGAUCAUGAAUAUCAUUGAGCGUUUCUUCACUGUUUGUCUCGAAAGUGAGAGUAGCUCUAGUGGUGGCAAGCCCUCGCAGAUGGCGUUGACGUCUUUCCACAUUGCAGCAAGUGUUUUACGAAAACUGUCCAACCUUGAAGCGCUGUCUGCGUCACCGUUGACAGCAGCGUUGCUUUCUAGUGAUAAAGCAGGUGAAAGUGAUGAAGCUCCAUUUCAGCCUCAAAGACUUACAGUACAAUUGCAUGCAAUGUGCGUUCGUGCGCUACUGUCAAUUUGGAAGCACCCAAAGUUUCUGACUUCGUCUGUGGAUUUAUGUAUGGCGGAGGUGAUGCCUAUUGCCGUGACCGUACUAAAGAAUCGCAUGGAUAGUAAUGAUGAAGCUUUGGGAUUGGACAGCGAAAAUGAGCUAAGCGGUCUUUGUCGUCGACAAGAAUUGGGCUUUAGUCGCGGCAAUUCUAACAGAAACUCCGGCACCGAGCUCUACAACGAAGCAUUAUCUCUUCGAAGAGCACUCUUUGGAGGGACACUCGAAGGGACAUCCGCCGGGUAUGGGCGUUUGUCGUUCGUACCGGAUGCUGAAAUUGUCGAGAGCUUGGUUUCUAUGGGCUUUCCGCAGCCACAGGUUGAGCGGGCAUUGCGACAAAUCCAAGUGAACAAUGUGGAGCUGGCAAUGGAAUGGAUUUUGAACCACCCCGAAGACGAAAGUGAGCCGGACGUUGGUGAAACACAACAUGCGCAGGACGACGACAGUGCGGCUGCAGAAAGUACCCUUUGUCGAGAUGAAGCAGCAGCAACGGGGGGAAAAAAGAUGGAAGAAGACUUGCAAGCGCUUUACAUUUUGUUGCGAGACAGUUUUGAGACAGUGUGCUUUGAAAUCUUACGUAUACAAGCUGCCAAAGAAAAACAUGAAGAUGUGAAGUAUGCGAAAGGUUUGGAGGCCGAACGUAAAUUGUACCCGAGUCAAAAUUUGGUUAAGGCAAUCGCAGAAUAUUUCAAUUUUCUGUGCUCACGCUCAGAUGAAGACCGUGAUUUGGUAAUUAGGCAUCUGAAUGCUGCUAUUUUGGAUUACUUCAAUGGAGGUGAAGAAGACGCGGAUGAGUAUUUGACCAUGCUCACCCACCUAUUAGCUCUUGUGCUUCAGCUAAAUUCUGGCUCUUGGGCCGUGAUGCAAGUUCAAUUUCCUUCGUGUAUCGAAAAGCUCGUAACAUACGUUUCAAGUGCUGAUAUCACUGAAAAGGGUUUUCUAAAGCCAUCAUGUACGCCAGUACUAUUAGCUCUUGACGCAGUAGUAGCUGGGAUGGCAGCAAAGCGAUUAUCUACGACAGUCGCAUCCUCUCUUGAUGAUACUUUCGUGAGGAAUGCGGACGACCCUGAGAACAAGUCGAAAGGACACGGUCGAAGCGAUGACAGUGGUGUAAUGAACCGUACUGAGGACUUUGCAUUCGAACAGCAACUUGUUACAAUUUGCUUGCAAAUACUGAAGCGGGCAUCGUCAGUACUCUCAACGAAUGCUAGCAAAUCGGCUGCUCACGCCAUUUGGCAGCUUCUGUCGCGCUUGACUUUGAAUUACGAUCUGGCGUCUUAUUUCUUGGCGCAUGGUGGUCUCGAUGCUGUGUUGGAUAUCCCGGAAAGUGUAUUUUUUGUUGGAUAUCAAGAACUGACGGGUAUGUUGCUCUCGCAGGCACUAGAAUCUCCUGAAGUUUUAGAGCAUAUGAUGGAAGAAAAAAUUCGGCGUGCAAUUACAAAGCUGUCAGCACGAUUACCAAACCAGAUGCGUAUCACGCCGCGUGCGUUAUUAACAGAAGUCGCUCCUUUUGCCGCUCGAAAUGAAUUUGUGUUUCUUAAAGCAUUGCAGAAGUCGGUGCGGGUGAAGAAAACCGAGUCAGGCCGGACAUACGUUGUAUUGAGACAGUUAAAUGCUGAUAAUACCGUUACACCAAUAGGACAGGUUUCGCAACCUCUCUUGCCUCAAGAUGGCGCGACUAGUGAAGCAAAAUCUUCACAUAAAUUUCCCAAGGAUCACAAACAUCAUGCUUACGCUAUUGUGCACAAAAUAAUUGGUCGCAUCAGUAAGUUGUGGAUCGUUGAAAAACACGCCAAGAAACAGAAAAUUAUAUCGGGUGACGAGAUUGAAGCUACAUCCGCAGGAAUGUGUGUGGGUGUGUACAUGCAGUUACUAGUUCAUCUGAUUACUUACUUCCCAGCAUGCGCGACAGUCCUGGCUAAGGCGAAAGAUGAAGCUGUUUUGCAUGGAGAGCGCGUGAGCUUUAUUCGAUUGGUGCUCUGCGAGUUUUUACCUUCUCGUGAACUCUGUCAGUUCGUGGCAUCUCGUAAGGCGCUGAAGGAAGACGGAUAUUACGGUAACAGCAGAAUUGGCAGUGCCGAUAUAGAUCUGCUUGUCUCGGAUGUUAAAGCAUUCGUUGACUGUCGUACAAGGUUGCGUGUGUAUCAUGCACAUAGACUAUUAGUGAGCAUCGGCAGCCAUUCAGGAGAAGGUUCAAAGUGUGUUAUCUUAGACCUUGUCCACUUGCUUCAAAAAUGGCCACAAUUUGAUGAUGUGGAUUUUUCCAUGGAGAGCUUCGAUUUGAGUGUGCGUGAUGAACGAGCUUUGAGCUCUUUGCACGCAUGGUCAGGUUUGAUCAUGAGUAUAUUGUGGCCUAAGGGUUCUUCAAAAGGAUUCGCCUGGGAUAAGGUCGUGCUGGGAGGAGGUCUUAAGGGCAAACAUUCAUUUGUGACGCUACUUGCCGAAGCUCUUCGAAAAAUUGACUUGACGCACCCAUUGGCACACGCUACCUGCACGAUGCUGUUACGCCCAUUAUCGACGCUGACGCGUUCAUUUGUGACUCACCGCAUAAGGCGUUUGCUAAAAAAGCGAAACAACAGCUCCACCAUCGUGGGCGAUACGACUUUAGCAAGGGGUAAUCAAAAUCAGUCCCUUUCGGGCGUAGAGACGUCGACCUCAGCUGAAGCAACUACAAUUUCAGCUUCAUCGUCACUGGAGGAUAAUCGUGAUACAUGGCAAUCUGCUAAUCGGGACGACAGCAUGGUGGUGGAUAUAAAUCUUCAAGAUGCAGCAAAUUCCCGUGGUACUACAUUUUAUCCGCUGGGUGAAGGAGAUGACGACAUUUCGAUGCAAUCUCCGCUUUCUGAAAUGGACAACAACGAUAUACGUGAUGAGGACGAAGACCAUAGCGGAGAUGAUCGCAGCAGUGUUUCAGACCAUUCUACGGAUGAAGGGGAAGGUGAAGAAGAUGACGACGACGACGAGGAUGAUGAUGACGAUGACGAGGAUGAUGAUGACGAUGACGAAGAUGAUGAUGACGAGGAUGAAGAUGAUGAUGAGGAUGAAGAUGAUGAAAAUGAGUUUGAAGAACACCAGCGUUUACACAUGUCUCGUCGUAUAGGUGAUCACGGAUCCAGUCGCCGCUCAUCUUCAAAUUGUCUUUGGGGAUCUCUCGACUCGGAGCUGUCGAUUCUGGAUGCAUUGGACGAGGUUAACGAAGACGAGUUUUCUUAUUUGAACAUAUUAGAUGAUGAGGCUUUCUUUGCCGAAGAACAACGGCGUCGCACUCGUCUGGCCGCUGCUCAAAAUGCCAGAUCGAGUAACAGCUCUAGCGAAGGGAACCAGCUAGCAAGGAACUCUGAGGACAGACUGGUAGAGUCCAUGCGCGAUGCAUUUGGGCUGUAUAACAGCAGUGGAAGUGGGCCCCGUCCCGCCUCUAGUGGACAGACUCUCGUGUUGACAUUUGGCGAUGUAGAAGACGAUGCCGAAGUGGGCGAUACCCAAGAAGAUCUUGCUGCCCCAAGAAGUCGCCUGCGCAGUGAAAAUGGAUCUGGGCAUUUUUCAGGUUCGCAAAGCCGAUUGGAGAGUAACUCUGGCAGUAUGGCUACUUCACUACUUCAGUAUAUUGAAGAGCUACCAGAUAUGCUCGAUGACGAUUUUCCCUUCGAAUCAUUUGAUGCAAGUGGUAGAGGUAAUAGAUCACGUCGCGAACGUAGCACCAGUUUGUCGUUGGGGUCCCGCACGAGUAUUGAUCAAUUUGGUUCGGACACCACCACUACACAUCCACUGCUGCGCACGCAUAGACGUGGAGAUUCCAUCGUUUUGGAUGCUAACGGCUUGCUGCGCGAUCCCGGUCGAUAUUCGCUGCCUCGACAUUCAUCUCUGUUGCGGGAGCUGCGCGAGCUGACUGACCAAGUUCAAACACAGCUGCCGCUUGGUGGGAGUAGAGUACGACUGAUACCGAGACAUGAAAUAUUGCAACGCGAAACAAGAAAUCGAGGACGACCGCCAAGUCAUACUAAUCGUUUGUCUUCUUUAUCCCAUCUGCUCCACGAGUUUUCGCUGGACAUUCCGACCUCGGCACUGCCUUCACGGAACCAACGUCUCGGUUUCCGACAAAGCGAACGGGACACCUUUAGUGAUGUUUUCGUGGGCAUGGAUUUAUCCCGUGGCCUUAACAGUCGAGGUGGCGACAUAAUUGGGGGUACAGCGUCUAAUACGACAAUUUGGGGACCAAGCGGUGUCAGUCGUGAUGUAGAUGUCCGAUCGGUGGCGACACGACUUGAACAACAAUUUACGCGCAUUUGUGCGGAUGACGAGGAUGCUACUGUAAUCCCUGCUGCUGGGCGAGCAGAAGGAGAAAUCUCCUCUCAACAGGAGGAGGAUGUCGACGAUAUUAUGGAAGGAGGAAGCGCUACUGGGACACCGCUGAGUGAAGAGCACACUGCGAGCGAAAUUAGGGCACAUGAAAACACUGAAGAAAGCGAUAAUCAACCGGGAAUUCCAGCGAACAGCAACAGAAAUGAGCAACACGAGGUGGUGACGGAAGCAGCUUCUGUUUUGGAACUUACCAGUACUCUUGGAGAAACAUCGCUGCUGCGGUCACCACCUCAAUCAGAUGUCGAUGCGGACAUUGUCGAUGCAGAGGUGGAAAGUGUAGUAGAAGGCCAAGAGACGACAAUGGGCUCCUUAUCUGGGGCACCAGGUGGUACUUCUGAUAGUAUAUCUCCGCUCCCCACUCCAGCGUCUGCUUCAGCCACUGCAGCAGCAGCAUCUAACUCUUCUGAUCCGAUGAUGAACUUCACUCUCGAUCUAACAAGCUUCGGCACGGCCUCUUCACAGCCUAUCGCCAGUGACACUAAUAACCAAGUUAGGGCAGUUGAAGAGCUGUCACCGAUAAGGACACCGACAUCAUCCGUUGAAGCUGUCGCGCUCGAGUUGUCGACUACAUUACUUGAUCAGCAGCAACAGGACUACCUUUGCCCUGAAGGUAUGGAUGCUGAAGUGUUUGCGUCGUUACCUCCGGAUAUGCAAGCAGAAAUUGUUGCGCAGAAUGCACCGGCAGUUCCUGAAUCCACAAGUGCUCGCAGUGAUACAGCCACGACUGGAGGUGGCAGAGGUGGUUCUGAAAGUGUGUCACAGAUGGACUUGGAUAUGGCUAACUCGAGCUUCGAUCGUGAGACACUGGAAGCGUUGCCCCCUGAUAUCCGUGCAGAGGUGUUGGAAAAUGAGCGGCGUGAGCGUGAAUCUGCCGCUCGCGCGGAAUCUGCAGACACGUCUCGCGCUCAAGAAAUGGAUAAUGCUUCCUUUGUAGCUUCGCUGGCACCAGAUCUGCGCGAGGAAAUCUUGGUCACUUGCGAUGAUGCGUUCCUGCAGACGCUGCCAUCGCAAGUGCGUGCAGAAGCGACUGUUCUGCGUGAACGCGCGGCCUUUCGCUCAGUUUACCGCGAACGUGAUCGCCGUACCGAGGGGCGGGAAAGUGGCAGCGGCGAAAAUGACAUGGACGAUUUGUUUAAUCGCCCUACUCUACGACGCAUGACAACCUCUCACAGCCCAGAAAGAGGUACUAGCCGUCGGCGGUCUCGUAUGUAUGAUGAAAUCGGUGGACGUCAUAGCAACCGCCGUGGUUAUCGUUCAGGGACAGGGAGUUCCACGACUCACAAAGGAUUAUUGCGUGUAGAGAAGGAUGAGGAAGAGGAUCCCGGUGAGCGAAUCUUCGACGAUCGAUGCGUGCGCGGCUUGUUGCGGCUUCUCUUUAUGACGCAGUCCGUCAUACAAAAUCGUGUAUUUCAGCGACUGCUUGCAAAUAUCUGCCUUUAUCCGUUGACACGAUGCAGCAUUCGACGUAACUUGCUGCAAGUGAUCUCUUUACCGCUUUCAGAGCGCUUAAUACCUGGCAAUGAAAAAGAUGACGACGAUGAUGGCAGCGGUAAGAUUCAAUUCCCACCGACCACGAUGUAUGGAUGUGGUAUCGGAGGGAACCGUGCUAUUGGAGGGAAAGCGGUACCUGCUGAAGUGGUGAACCGCAUGUUACAUAUUCUUGUGUCGCUUGCGAAGUAUAAUCCGCGUUUCACCGUGGAAAUGCUUUCGCCCCACGGUAUGCUUCGCGUUUCGAAUGAAAAGUGCACGCCAGUGAAGGUAGAGGCGCCGUUCUCCAAUGAGUGCGGCGUUGCCGUCUUAAUUGACUUGCUGGCAUUGUCGGUGGUAUAUCGCAAUGGUACAAACUUAGAUGCGUUGCUCGAGUUGCUUGAGCUGGUUUUGUCUCCCCUUGAGCGGUUACACAAAUCGGAUGUUGACGAGGAGAAGAAGGAAGGCGAUGAAGGUGACACAUCAAACCUGGAAGGUGGCGGCGAGUGGGUGGCAGUGCCGACGGUGGAGCUGGACGAAGCGCGUAUGAGUAAAAUCGUGUCUGUAUUGAGCAUGGACGUGUGUACGAUCCAGAUGCAGGAGCGCACACUUGCGGUGCUGAAGUUAUUGAACCAUGUGCGCGGAAACCGCGAGCUUGUCAUCAGCGCGAUUGUACGGCAUGCUAGCACGCUGGCUCGUGUUGACCGGUACAAUGGAAAAUGUCUACCUUCUGGGUUUGAGUCGUCAGCAGUGCUGCCAUUGGCUCAGGAUGAGCUCAAGCUGCUACGGCUACUACACUCUUUGUCCGAUGUCUGCGAGAGUACUGCAGAAUUUACUGAGUGCUGCCAAACUAUUUGUUUGGACCCACUGUGGGAUUCUCUGAGCUUGUCUCUUACGGAAGCGCGUGCGAAGGGUGAUCUUGAUGAUCACGAUAGCAGUGCGUCCGAUGCUUUAGCCACCCCUUCUACCAUCCAAGCUCCUUCGGCUACAGAUUUUAAUGGUCAGCCUGGCACAACGGACGAUGCAGAGGGAACUGUGAUUGAAGGCAAGAGUGCGGGUGCCUCAUGCGCGAUGGCGGCGCUUUUAGCACGUUUUCUACCCAUGGUGGAGGCUUUUUUUGUUGUUAAUGCCAGGGAUGCGGCAUCCAUGACGUUGCAUUUACCUGAUUCUAGUGAGCGCGAAGAAGCAGUUGUGGCAGCCUUGAGUGCUGGUGGAUUUGAUGGUGCGAAUGCAACAGCACUAAUGCAUGACCAAGAGCAAAAGUCGUCGCCGAAGAGUGCGCUAAAACGCAGCUCAUCGGCUUUAUCGUCAGUCUCGGAGGCAAAUGAGACUAUGAGACUGGCAAACUUCGUGGAGUCGAAUCGCGUGCUCUUGAACUUACUAGUACGGGAGAAGCCAUCACUUCUGGAAACGUCCUUUGCUGCUUUAAUAAAGAUUUCUCGCUGUCGAGCUUAUCUAGCGUUCGACAACAAGCGUACAUACUUUCACAGCGCCAUGAAACGGCUUCGUCAAGCGGCACUGCGGAACCACGGUGGUGGAAGCUCCUCAGUGCGCAUCCCUGUACGCCGCGAGCAUAUAUUCGAAGACUCUUACUAUGCCUUGCGUAUGCGCAGCGGUACCGAAUUGCGACGAAAGCUGCAUAUUUCUUUCACGGGCGAAGAAGGUAUUGAUGCCGGUGGAGUCACGCGAGAGUGGUACAUGAUUUUAGCGCGCGAGAUGUUCAACCCAAAUUAUGUGCUAUUCACGUCAGCGGCGGACUCGCCUACUUUCCAGCCGAAUCCUCUGUCAUAUGUGAACAAAGAUCACUUAAGUUACUUUGAGUUCGUUGGUAAAGUGCUGGGCAAGGCGGUGGCAGACGGCCAGCUACUUGAUGCGCACUUUACGCGCUCGUUUUACAAGCACAUCUUGCAGCUGCCAAUUUCGUACCACGACAUGGAAGGCAUUGACCCGGAGUACUACCGGAAUCUUCAUUCGAUUCUAGACAACUCGAUUGGAGAUCUUGGACUGGAGCUAACUUUUUCAGCAGAGCAAUCCAACUUUGGCAAGGUAGAGGUGGUUGACUUGAUUCCUAACGGCAGGAACGUGCCUGUAACUGACGCGAACAAGAUGGAGUAUGUGAAACUAAUCACUCAUCACCGCAUGGCGACUGGUAUUCGUCAGCAGAUUGAUGCUUUCCUGAAGGGGUUUCACCAGCUGGUACCACCCGAGCUGAUUGCAAUUUUUAACGAGAACGAGCUAGAGUUGCUUAUUUCGGGCAUGCCUGAAAUCGAUAUUGAUGAUUUGAAGGCGAAUACGGAUUACGCCAACUACAAGCCCACGGACUCGGUAAUACGCUGGUUCUGGAACGUGCUGUACUCGUUCACACACGAAGAGCGGGCUCUUUUCCUGCAGUUCGUAACAGGUACCUCUAAGGUACCUCUUGAAGGUUUCAAGGCACUGGAAGGUAUGCGCGGGACACAGAAGUUCAACAUUCACAAGGCGUUCGGUAACAACAGUGCGUUACCGUCCGCACAUACUUGUUUUAACCAGCUGGAUCUACCAGAGUAUGAAAGUGAGGAUAAGUUGAAGCAGUGUCUCCUGCUCGCAAUUCGCGAAGGCUCGGAGGGUUUUGGCUUCGGCUGA